CGGGGCCAUAUAAAAGGCGGCGUUGGGGCGGCAGCGGCGGCAGCAGCGGCGGCGGCAGGAUGACGGCGAACGGGACGGCGGAGCCGGUGCAGAUCCAGUUCGGGCUGAUCAACUGCAGCAACAAGUACCUGACGGCCGAGGCCUUCGGCUUCAAGGUGAACGCCUCGGCCGCCAGCAUGAAGAAGAAGCAGAUCUGGACGCUGGAGCAGGACGGCGAGGACUCCAGCGCCGUGCUCCUCAAGAGCCACCUGGGCCGCUACCUGGCGGCCGACAAGGACGGCCGGGUGAGCUGCGACAGCGAGGAGCCGGGCCCCGACUGCCGCUUCCUCGUGGUGGCCCACGGCGACGGGCGCUGGUCGCUGCAGUCCGAGCCGCACCGCCGCUUCUUCGGCGGCACCGAGGACCGCCUGUCGUGCUUCGCCCCCGCCGUCUCGGCGGCCGAGAAGUGGAGCGUGCACCUGGCCAUGCACCCGCAGGCCAACCUCUACAGCCUGGCCCGCAAGCGCUACGCCCACCUGGGGCCUCGCCGCGACGAGCUGGCCGUGGACCGCGACGUGCCGUGGGGCGUGGACGCGCUCAUCACCCUGCUCUUCGUGGAGCAGCGCUACAGCCUGCAGAGCUGCGACCACCGCCUGCUGCGCUGCGACGGCCGCCUCGUCCCCGCCGCCGAGCCCGGCACCGCCUUCACGCUGGAGUUCCGCUGCGGGAAGGUGGCUUUCCGCGACGGCGAGGGACGCUACCUCGCCCCGUCGGGGCCCAGCGGCACCCUGAAGGCGGGCAAGAGCAGCAAGGUGGGGAAGGACGAGCUCUUCGCCCUGGAGCAGAGCUGCCCGCAGGUCGUGCUGCGCGCCGGGAACGACCGCAACGUCUCCACCCGGCAAGGGAUGGACCUCUCGGCCAACCAAGACGAGGAGGGCGACCAGGAGACCUACCAGCUGGAGAUCAACAAGGACACCAAGAAAUGCGCCUUCAGGACCUACACGGGCAAAUACUGGACCCUCACCUCCAACGGGGGCAUCCAGUCCACCGCCUCCACAAAGAACGCGAGCUGCUAUUUCGACAUCGAGUGGUGCGACAAGCGCAUCACCCUGAAAGCCGCCAACGGCAAGUACGUGACGGCCAAGAAGAACGGGCAGCUGGCGGCCUCCAUGGAGACAGCGGGCGAGACGGAGCACUUCGUGAUGAAGCUGAUCAACAGGCCCAUCAUCGUCCUGCGCGGCGAGCACGGCUUCAUCGGCUGCCGGAAGGUGACCGGCACCCUGGACUCCAACCGCUCCUCCUACGACGUCUUCCAGCUGGAGUUCAACGAUGGAGCCUACAACAUCAAAGAUGCCACCGGGAAGUACUGGAUGGUGGGGAGCGAGUCGUCCGUCACCAGCAGCAGCGACACGCCCGUGGACUUCUUUUUUGAGUUCUGCGACUAUAACAAAGUGGCCAUCAAAAUCAAUGGCAAAUACCUGAAGGGCGACCAUGCCGGGGUCCUCAAGGCAUCCGCCGACGCCAUUGACGCCUCCACCCUCUGGGAAUAUUAAUGCACUUUAGCGUACCUCCCAUUGCCAACUUUCCUUUCCCCUGUCUUUUUUUCUUUUCUUUUUUUUUCUUUUUUGGUUCGGUUUUGUUUUGUUUUGAAUUUCUCCUCUCUGUAAAAGGAUUUUCAGACUGGCUUGCCCUCCCCUCCCGCCGUAGAGCCCAGCGCCUUGUGUCGGAGGUGGGUCCCCCCCCCUUCAUCCCCGUGAGAACUGGAUAAGUCACCCGGCAGCGCGCGGUGCUGCCACCUGCACCUGGAGGGCUGCCGAGGACCCUUCCUUGCCCCGGCCUCGCUCAGCUCGGAGGCUGCCGUACCCCGUCCUGGCCCCGAGCAUCACCUCAGUAGUUUACUUUCCUCUCUGCAACUGGAAAAAAAAAAAAAAAAAGGGAAUAAGGUCAUCUCCGUGCUCUCCUCUCCAUAGCAGUGCCGGUGCCACCUCACCCUGCACUGCCAGGGUCCCCACGGUCCCCGUCCAAUCCAAGCCAGUGGAGACCCCUCCGCUGUCCUGUCCCCAGCUGAGGCACGAGAGGUGACCUUACGUGCUGCAGUAGGGCCAGCAAGCUGAUCCCCUCCCCAGCUGUGCAGGUGGCACACCUGGAAUCGAUUUUGGGGUGAUCCCAUCUGGAAAGCCCCAGAAAUUCAUCUCGCUGCCACCCUGCGCUCUUCUUCCUCCUCUUCCUCCUCCUCCUUGGGUCGUCCCUGCCCCUCGCGGUGCCCUGGUGCCAAAGGAGCUGCGGUGCCCAGGAGGGGACAGAGGUCGGGGUGGGGACACACGGAGCAAACCCGCACCGGGGGGGCUCCAGCGCCGGCCCCCCCGUCCCCAUCAGCGUGCGGGGCCAUGUACCCCUCCAACGGGCACAGCCUCCCCCGGGCGCCGGCUGGAGGCAAGAGCUGCAGCUUUCAGUUUACAGAAUAGAAAAGUUCCUUAGCAAACUUUGCACAGUGAUAUUUGCUCAGUACUUUUUUUCUUUUCUUUUUUUUUCUUCUUUUUUUUUUUUUUUUUCCUCAUACAAAUACUGGAACAGCGAAGCGCAUCCCUGGAUGCCCACCGCUGAUUUAGGAAGCGCCCCCGAGGAGGGGCAGCUCCUGGUCCACCAGCCCGCGGGGCACCUCGGCUUCGCCAGCAUGCCAUCUCGUCCUUACUGGAAGCAGAAAAGAAAAAAAAAAUAAUGACCAAAACAGUAUUUUUGUUAGUAUCUAUUUAUAUAUGCUCUCCAUGGCACUGUGUUACCAGCUGUUGUCUGUACUAGGUCUGCAUUAGCGUGUAACGGUGUGAGCGUUCGUGACGGGUGAUGCUGAAGUGUCCUCGAGGGUGUUGAAAGGCACUUUUAUCCUUCGGGUGGCCGCUCCCCACACCACGGAGCCUUUUCCCCGCGCCCCUCGCCCCACGCCAAGGGUGCUCACGGCGUCACCGCUGUGCCAAGACGAGGCCGGUGCCUGCCGCAAGCUCGGGGCUCGCCAGCCUUAAAGCCGUGCUGCUGUCCUAGGGACAGCCUCCGCGGGAGCUUGGUGCUAAACUCUCAGCUCAGAGAGCGACCGACCUGUCCCCGGCGAGGGCACAGCUCGCAGACGGGUCCCUCGCCGCCACGGGGUCCCCGCCGGGGCCCUACCUGGGCUCCCAGCCAGGCGCCCUGGAAAACUCGCCCGCCCGGGGCCGAAGGUGCCUCUCGAAGGAACCAAGUGUCUUGAUGAAGCCCCGAGCGACCCUGUGACUUGGCACACACUUUUUGCUGGCCUUCACACCCGCUGUCUCCCCUCCUCCCUGGCCCUAGUCGCAGUUCAAUCCGUGUCCCUCCCGCUCCGGCUUCUCCCGUGUGACGCUAGGUCGACAUCUCCCCCCCGUCUCCUCUCCUCGGGUGUCGUGACUCUCCGAAAACAUCUCACUCUGAAAUUUAAGUUUGGGGUUCGUUCGUUUUUUUUUUUUUUUUUUAAUUAUUAUUAUUUUUUUGUAAGUGCCAUUUGUAUAACUUAAAAGAAAACUAGCUUCAAAUGGAGAAAAAUGAAUAAAAAGAACCUGCAUUCGGA